UACUAUUUUUCCAGCUUAAAAGUUGUUAAUGAGUGCAUGGCAAGAAAUAGCGUGACUGUAAAAUAUUAUAGCGUGACAUAUUUUUAUCAGGGGGUGAUCACGCAAUUUUUCUUUGAAUUUGUAUGCAUCGUAGCACCAAACACCUGCAUAAGUAAUAAGCGAACAGAUUCAAAUAUUUCUUCCAGAUGUAAUGGAGACAGUGUCAGGAAUACCUGUGGUUGAUUUUGCCGCCUUGAGUGUCGACCAUGAAACCAUCUCAGCUUCAGAUGAGGGGGUGCAGGCAAUCGCAAGGCAAAUUCACGAAGCGUUCAGUACAGUUGGAUUUGUUUAUUUGAAGAACCACGGAAUCACACAAGCAAAGGUUAGGUAGCCAGAUCUUCACAAGGAAAUUGGUCAUGACCUUAGUUUUACCGAAUCCAUAAUUUUAUCUCUUCUCUUCUUUUUAUCGGAAAUCUUAGCGCGAUUUUUAGUCAUUUCGUAAGUAAAUCGACUCCGGUUUUCAUCAAAUUUAGGCCAAAGCGGGGAAUGAGGGGAAUCAAACGAAAAAAAGAAAAGCGUUAUCUAUCACCAAAUCUCAAUUCGCUGUUUUUUCAGAUCAUGUGUCCUUUUCACUACUUUCACAUAGACCAUAAUGCACCUUGCUUUGUACCCCCCCCUCCCCCACCCCCAGAAUUUUGCAUAACCAUUGUUUCCAAUUUCACCUGGGUAUUACAGUCGUCCCAAAAGAAAUCCACGACAAUGAUUAUACAAAGUUUUGGGAAGUAAACAAGGUGCAUUAUGAUCUAUGUGAAAAUGGUGAAUCGGGGGGGUGUCGACCAACAUCUCGGUCGACUGUCGCUCGAAAUAUCGGUCCCUAUAUGGUUUGUGUGCAUGUGUGGGUCAAGUGUCGGCUGUUAUAUUGGCAAGGUAGCAUUAUACUGUCAGUUGAGUAUUGGUUGAGUGUCAGUUGACAGAUUAAGACUUUGGUGACUGCAGUGACUAGGAUGACUUGGGUGACUAGGAUGACUUAGGCGACUAGGGGGACUUGAGUGACUUAGGUGACUAGGGUGACUUGGGUGACUAGGGUAACUUUGGUGAAUUAAGGGUGACUUAGGUGACUAGAGUGACUUGGGUGGCUGGGGUGACUUGGGGGACUAGGGUGACUUGACAGCAUAUUAACGAAUUUUAAAGUUGCAUGAAGAAACUCAUGUGAAAAGUUGUUUGCCAUUGCUUCACAAUUACUUGGAAAUACAUGGCAUUGUUAUUGGAUAAGAAAAACAACUGAUUUGCUUAAUCAAAUUCUAAUUUCUCAAAUUAUAAUUUUAAAACUUUAGUUGGGUUAAAGGGUUUUGUUUAUUGUUUGAUUGAUUUACAGCAUGUUGCCGGGAUUUUGGAAGUGUGACCUGCAAUCAUUUGUUUCUUAAUUGUUAGACUGAUUCUGCUUAAACCGUUUGUUCGUGCUUUUUCCUUGUUUUGUAUUGUUCAAUCUUCAUGUGUAAGGUUAACUACAUUGUAAAUAGCAUAAUUAUAGGCUCUCUAGAUGAGCCCUUUAUGCUUUAAGAGCAAAUGUUGAAUAAUAACUAAACAAUAAACCUUGUACCUUGCAAGAAAUUAAAUUAGGAAAUAUUACUUUGUUAAUUUGAUAGGUGGAUGAAACAUUUAAUGUUAUGGACAAGUUCUUCACUCUCAGUAAAGGCAUUAAAAAAAAAUAUGGGAAAAAGGGUGAGCUAGAUGCCAAUGGCUGGGAAGCCUUGGAGAGGGAAAUGUAAGUCAAACUAAAAAUCAGUUGUGUUACGUUUAGUUGAUCAGCAUAAGUAUUAUAACAAUGUUAAUAAUAAUAUUGAAGUAGUGAUAAGUGGCAGGUCGAGGGGAUCCCCAACCCAAAUUGUGUUCACUGACAGACCAAGCUUUAGUUUAGGUCAGCUGCAUCACAAACUGAACAAUUUUUGUUUGCAAGCAGCCACCUAUCCUAAAGUCAGCUGGACUGUCAAAAGAAGUAAACAUCUGCCAUUAAAGAGUCAUUAAUGUGGCUCUCUGAGUAUCCAUCAAAAAAGCACUGGGGCCUUUAUUGUAUAGUAAUGUUCAGAAUAAAUUAUUUAUUGGUGGUGGACAAAACACUGACCGCCAGUCCAUGGACUACCUCCAUGGGCUACCCAAAUGGACUACCCGAAAAUGGACUACGCCACUGAAGUUUAGAGAUUAGGGUUAGGAAACUGAGUGAAUGAAGUUUCAGGUCAGUUUUCCCAGUAUAAUGAUCCUAAAUGGAACUGAUUCACUCAGUUUCCUAACUCUAAUCACUAAACUUUAGCGACAUAGUCCAUUUUAGGGUAGUCCAUAUGGGAGUAAUCAAUGGACUGGGGGUCAGUGUUUUGUCCACCACCGUAAUUUAUUAUACUUACGCAUACAAAUUAUCAUUUUGCAUGUCAACUCAGCACUGAUCCAACGAAGCCAGGUGAUCUUAAGGAAUCAUUUGACAUUGGAGCUUUUGAUGACAAAAAAUUUGUAAGUAACUUGUGGUUUUCAUAUAGAUUAAAUUAGUCAAGCAGUGAUUAUUUUCUCGCAGUGUUCUCUCAACCUUUGUUAAUAGUCCCCAAAACCCAUUUUUAUAUCUAAAAACCCCAGAAAGAUGACAACCAAGAAAAUGUAAAAUAAAUGUUAGUGUGGAUACAUGUAGGUUCUUUUAUACUUGUAAUAUAUUCUCGGUAGAACGUAUUUCGUAGACCGCUCAAUUCAUUUAAUUGAAGAGCAUUGACUAUUAAUAAUUACAGGAGUUCAGGCUUCAGGAGUUUAAUCAUCAACUGUUUAUUGCAACAGUGCUGUUUUGUAUGGUCAAAAAUUGUAAGACGAGUGUGGUCCUACAAUUUCGGACCAUACGAAACAGCACUGUCGCAAUAAACAAUCGAUGAUUACUCCUCAAGCCUGAACUCCCGCUAUUAUUAAUAGGUUCUUCUAUAUAUACAUUUUUGCAGUUAGUAAUUGUUCUUAACAGCAGGGCCUAGAACAAUGCUAUUUAGUACUAAGGAAACCUCAAGGAUGCAAGGAACCAAACCCUUUAUCCCCCAAGAGUGACCCACAAUCAAAUCCUAAUGUUAUACAGUUCAACCUACCAUAAUUUUUAUUAAAGUGACCAUCCAAAAUGCUUAGUGUUAAAUGUUAGUGGCCCUUUUUUAAUCAAAUCAAUUUAACCAUGGGGGUCUCUCAGAAAAGAGGUGGCACAUCUACUUUUUGGAAGAUAAUUAUUGUCAAAUGUGAUGAUAUGCAUGCAGUUCCAUGUUUUCACUAACUUUUUUCUUCACAUACUUUGAGUUAGUGUAGAGCAUUACAGUGAACACAGGGAUCAGACAGGUCAUGUGUCCAUCAUAAAACAAGCAUUCAUGCAUGAAAGAAACACCCUGUAAAUCAAAACAUUUCAAAUAUUUGGGGCCACAAGGUACUGUUUUUGGCUCCUCAUAAUAAUUUAUAAGGGUUAGUUGCUGCUAACACAAUUAGUAAUUUUGUUAUUUGCACUUAAGCAUGCACCUCCACCUAGUGCUCAGUUUUAUCAGCCCACAAAUUGAUUUGGUAUCGUUUUCAAAUUUUUGCAGCGCUGGCCCACAGAAGUCCCUGAUCUUCAACCAGCAGUCAAAUCCCUAUUUGAUGUGCUAAGUCUUCUUGGUGAUAGAGUGCUGUGUGCAAUGGCUUUAGGUUUAGGACUGGUGAGCGAGAGCUGAGAAGAAUUGUUUUAACAUCAGUUUUAACAUAAAUUUCCAACUAGGCAAUUUUAAGGUCUUAUUAGUCUCAUUUGCUUUAGCAGCAUGACUCUAAAAAUGCAAGCAUUUCUUUUUUUUCGUGUUUGCGCGCCAAAAGGGGGUUAUAGUCCCAGGCGUUCCUAGUGGAGAUCGUGGAAACUGGGGAUGAGAAUCGCGACAUGUCGGAGCACCAUGCAUAUGUUUUAUGAGAAAGCUAAGAAAGAUUAAUGCAAAAGGUGUCGAGCUUUUCCGGAACGGGUCAGUCCACAAAUUCUAUAGCUUUAAAGCGCUGAUUACUUUUGGAACAAGUGGAUACUUGUGUGGUCAAAAAAAGAAAAGUCUGUAUGAUUGGGUGUUGAAAACUUUUGUUGUAUGCAAAUGAGUCUUGUGAUGAGCAUGCAGUUUAUGUUUGGCCAUGAGUAAAAUGAUAUGCUAUAUUCAUCAGGUUUUUGAUUUCUGGCAAUGAUGUAAUUUCUCUUGAAUCAAGGCCCUUGAUUUGUGUGUAUUUCUACACGCGUACUCAAUCAAUUCAGAAACAAAUUGUUGAAUUCGAUAUAUAACGUAAAUAUCCUGAAGAAUACUCAGCCGUCGAUAAAGGGGGACGUGAAAGACUUUUAGUGACGAAAUCCUGUUUCAUGUAGAAUUAAUCGCCUCCUCAUUUCUCAUCUAAUCUCUAAGUGAGACUUAACGCUUUUAAGAGCAUUCUUGUUAAAGAGGUCAUUCACAGCCUAUCAGAUUAUUUCUUUUGUUUGAAAGAUCAAAGGCUACAGACAGGGGGGAGAGUGGAAGCUGAUGGAUGAAGGAAACUACACAUGCAUUAUCCUACUAAGUAAAAUAAAAUUUGAUAUUAUUCUCACAGCUAUAACUAUUAUCACAUUAUUAUCAACUAUUAACAUAAUGAAAAUAAAUGCAUUGAUCAUAAAAAGAAAUUAUUAUUAAAUUAUUAUAAUUAUUAUUUAACUCCCUCUUACUGAAGGUUAAUAUAAUGCUGCUUGUUAAAAUCAAAUAAUAAACUGACUUGAACAUUCAACAAAUCACUCCUUUUAAUCUAGUCAUAGUUGCUAUGAGAGUCCACAAAUAACCACAAAAUAUGCUCUACAAGGCACUUACUAUAUGAAUUGCCAGUACACAAAAACAAAGAGGAAUAUAUGAUGCCAUGUAAGUAAACAGCUUAAAUAAUUCAACUUCAGGCGGCAUUUUAUUGAGGCUAGAGAUUAAUGACAUUCGGGUGACUUGAAAGAAAACCAAAUAAUUACUCUGAUCAUCAUACUGUUUGUAAUUAUGAGUAAUAAUGUUAAUUAAUUUGAUUAUUAAUAAUAUCAUUAAUAAUCUGAUGUAUUAUAUCACAUCAUCCUUUAGCCAGCAGAUACUUUCAAGAGUUACUACAAGGAUGUUGGUACGCAGUGGGGCACAGCUUUGCUGCGCUUUAACUACUACCCAAGAAUAACUGACUUUGAGCGCAUCAAACCAGGGCAGAUAAGAUGUGGAGAACACACAGAUUAUGGAGGAAUAACUCUUCUGUUUCAAGAUGAUGCAGGAGGUUUGGAAGUAUGAAGAAACACAAUUUACAAUCUGUAGACACCCAGCCAUGAUUUUAGAUAACCUUUUCAUCUAUUUUUUUGUUAUAUAUCUGAAUAAAAAACUGCCUUACAGUGUAUAGUAUUGAAUCUCUGUAUCCUGGGGGUACAGAGGUCCAAACCUCUCACCUCCCUUACUUUGCAUUCCCAGCUCCUGAUCUUUUUCUUCCUGGCUUAAUACACUCUUUAUAAGUUAUUUUUUUAAUUCAAAAUUUUAAGCAUCGUUGCAUAAUUUCACUUUAAUCUGGUUCCCACCAGCUCCCCUGCGCACCUCUCCCACUUUCCUCUACAACCUCCCAUACCCCUCCUGCACGUCCCAGCUAUUCUUCUGGCCCCGGUAGUUCAAAACAUGGAUAGCGCUAUAUCCAUCGGAUAAAUCACUAUCCAUCCGAUAAGUAUAACGGAAACCAAUUGCACUAUCCAAUGGAUAGUGAUUUAUACAGUGGAUAGCGCUAUCCAUCUUUCGAACAACUGGUGCCUGGGCCCCCACUCUCAAGGGUGGAGGUUCUUAAUUUAUUUUCGGGCUUCUUUCAAUUUUAAAAAUUUUACAAAAUCAGGUGGGAGAAAGGUGGGUUAUUUGUUGGUAAAACAGGGAUGAACUGAAGGGACUAAUGGCAUAUAAACAGAGUCCUACUUUACUUUCCAUUUCCUUGUCAUUUAAUGAAAUUUCAUAAAUAUUUAUGAGCCAUUUUUUUUGUUCAUUGUACAGGUAGUCAAUAGAGAAAAGAAUUUCGUCUCUGCAACUCCAAUCCCUGGAACAAUAAUUGUCAACAUUGCUGACUUGAUGCAGCGAUGGACUGCUGACAAGUUCGUCUCUACGGUAAAGAAGUAGGCCACUAACUGUAACACCCUAAGUUUCAUAAACAGGCCAAUAAUAUUAUAUUCCACUGUAACUUUUUCAUAAGUUUGUUCCUUUGCAGUAAAAAUUUUUUGUUUUGUAAUCUUAGCAAGGUUUCAAUAGACAGUCAUUUUUGGACACUGAAAACAAGGUCUUAGCCAGGUUAAAAAUAAAUGGUAAAAAUCUCUUGUAAUUUUAUGGGAAAACAUGCCUCUUGCAUACUGGUAUGUAUGUGUGUUUGUGUGAGGGAGGGGGUACUCCCUAUCACGGCCUCUGCAGGAAAGCUCCGCCCGAAAGGGGUAACAGACACAUUAUUUGCCUGUGAAAAAGUUGAGAAAAUGUUCUGGUUUUGUGAUUUAUAAGCAGUUAAAAAGGAUGCAAAGUUCUAAACUAGGUUUGGAAAGAUGUACCAUUUGUCAAUAAUGGUAUACAAAAGGGUAAGUAGUUAGACUGCAGCGCGGGGUCUCCCUGUAAAAAACUUUGUUGAUUACCCCCUCCCCCCUGGACAUGCAUAUCCAUUUUCAAAGAAUGGAUAAAAGCCAGCUGUUUUGAACAAAUAAAAAACAAAAAAAGGUUUCUGGUAGCUGGCAUAAAAAGAGCCCACACUAUGAAUUGAAACAGUUUUAAAAGAACCUACCAAGAUUGCAGAAGCCAAUGCAGAUAAUUCUGCAACUAAAUCUAAUGAAAUCACUAACCAGCUUAUCUGGUGACAGGUUCACCGAGUCAUCAUACCAGAAGAAGAACUCAAGCGAUGCACUCCAAGACGUUCUGUGGCGUUCUUUUAUGACCCUGACUGGAAGGCAAAGAUUUCAUGUCUUGAUGGCUCAAAUAAAUACCCACCAAUCAAAUGUGGGAAAUAUGUCUCUCAAGUUAUGAAGGGUACUUUCAGCUUCUGAAAAAACAAAAGCAUGGAAAUUCUUAUUAUACAUUAACUUUUUCGGCACAUCUUCAAAAAUAAUAAUUGUAAUAUCUUUUACAAUAUAAUUUCUUGCAUAUUAUUUUUCAUGAAAACGUUGUAACUGAAGUGUACGUACCCUUAAGUUUAUUAACCAGUCUAUACUUGUAACAGUUCUACUAAAAGAUACACUGUAUGUAUCACUAAAUCUGUGCUGAAAAUUGCUGACUGCAUGGCCAGUUCUUUACAUAUAAAGUGCAAGAGUUUUUAACAAUCAGUCAAUUGGAUGUCAUGCAACGUUGGUAGGAACGUUGCAUGACAUCCCAAAAAACUGUCUGUAAGGGAGACUAAGAUUGGAGCUGUUCAGCUUUGCUCCAAUGGAGCAUGCAGAAAUCACGUUGAGGUGUAAACAGAGGCCCAAUCCAGUAUGGUUUUCAUGCUGGCAUAAAAGCUAUCUUGUAUAAUAGUGUGAUCAUAGCCUACCAGUAAGUCAAAGAGCUUUUUGCAACCUCUUGAAAGUGUACUUAUAUUUAUGGGAAAUUACAUUGUUCGUUCUCUUUGUUCAGAAGGUACUACAUUUUGUACAGUUCUUACCUGCAUACACCACACUGCUGGAACUUUAGUAGACUGUAAAUGACAACAAAAUUCUUGUUGCUGAGAGGAAAAAGACUGUAUUGAGAAGU